AUGGCUUAUGGUCGCACGAACGCGAGAAAAUCCCCCGAGGUGACUGCUGCAAGGCUGCUCCAGAACUGGGUUCUUGAUCGAAAGCCACUUGAACCCCCACCCGUGAUAGAAAUCCUUCUUGACGACAAUGACCCAUAUAAAAAUUUCCUUUCGAGCCCAUACUAUUUUAUGUGUGCAACGCUUCAUGAUACCAACAAGGCGGAAACUUCGCCUCAUUCGCGCAAUGCCGACCUCGCUGGUACACUUGUAUCAUCCCUUCAUCGAGUCAAGGAUACCGAAAACAAUGAUGUCGGAUAUUUCGUCUUUCAGGACCUUUCCGUUCGAAAGGAGGGCGAUUUCCGUCUGAAGUUCAGCCUGUUUGAGCUGCAGCGCGGCGGAGACGGUAUGACAGCAUCAUACAUCAAGUCGACAUUAUCAAAACCAUUUAAAGUGUACUCGAGUGCCAAAUGUCCACCGCCUCUUCCCUCAACCUUCCUCACCAAGCAUUUGCAGGAGCAAGGCAUCAAGUUGAGAACCAAGAAGACACAGAAUUCGCAUGGACGACGAGCCCGUCGACCAGAAGAGUGGUCAAGCGAGCUUCCACAACAAGCAAAUAACGCCCCCGUCCUCAACCGCCUACCCAUCCCACGGUCGAUGACAGACUCUUAUCAAAACCGAUUUCCUUCUACGCACGGACAGAACCACUUUCGUCGGGAUUCAGGCGGCGGUUAUCAAGUGCCACUAGACACGAACUUUGCUUAUGGCGAAGGCUCUUACGCUCAGACUUCUUAUGGGUCAGAUUCAUUGCCGUAUCGACAUUUCGAUCGCAGGCAAGACCCAGCUCCGAAAAGGCACAAGAGAAAUCCUUCCUUUCCCGAUAUUGACACGCGUUACGUGCUUGGGUCCCACAAAAGUACCUCUCAUGGUAACGAAGAGGAGCCCACCACACCGCACUCCGCUAGCACAUCCUUCAACGACAAUUACUUCUCGCAAUACGUUACUCAGGGUAGAUCAAAUGAUUCGCCAUCCUCAAGAACGCUUAUGAGCCAGCCACGGAGGCAAUACUCAUCUGCAGAAUCCAAUCAUUACCCUACGCCAGAUAGCUCAAGAAGUUAUCAAGGGCACGCUGCCAAUCGUCUCUCGGUGGGUUCUGAGCUGGCAAUGGGAUAUGGCGGGUCCACUGAGCCCGGUAGACACCAUUAUCCCUCCUCUGCAGAGACACAAGGCUCCAUACCUGCGCCAGCAGCCAUGCACCCACCCGUCCAGGGGCCCAGUAGGCCGUCUCCCACGAGUGAUUCCCGGUAUUGGCAGGGUUCUUUUGAGAACUCGACCUCUUAUGGAGCCUAUCACAGUCGCAAUCCUUCCAUUAAUGCACUUCCCACCGGCCAUCUACUCCCAGCACCUACGAGCCUGCAAUCCAGAUCAUCCAUGGAAAAUUCUCUACAUCAUUUUUGA